CUUAUAAAACCCUCACAAAACUUGGCUCACCCUCUUCAGGCACCUCCCCCAAAGCGUGACCUGAAUCCCUCAAAUAACAUUCCCAAUCUCACACCACAAUGGCUAUCUCCUCAGCCUCUAACUCUCUCAUUCCCACCAAAUCAUUAAUCCCCCAAACCCACCCCCUCAUUCCCUCCACCAACCUCAGGCCCAAGCCCAGGCCCACCCCUUCCAUUCUCGCCGUCCAUGCGGCCGAGCCCGCCAAAAACCCCGUCGUCUCCGACAAGCCCAAACCUUCAACUGAACCACAACCCCAACCGUCGAUCGAAGCCCGCAGGGGUAAGUGGACCAUUGACAGCUGGAAAUUGAAGAAGGCCCUGCAGCUUCCGGAAUACCCAAACCAGGAGGAGCUUGAGUCGGUGCUUCGGACCCUUGAUGCUUUUCCUCCAAUCGUCUUCGCCGGCGAGGCGAGGACAUUGGAGGAACAUCUCGGCGAAGCUGCCAUGGGAAAUGCCUUCCUUCUCCAAGGUGGAGACUGCGCCGAAAGCUUCAAAGAGUUCAAUGCCAACAACAUCCGUGACACCUUCCGAAUUCUCCUUCAGAUGAGCGUCGUCAUGAUGUUCGGUGGCCAAAUGCCUGUCAUAAAGGUGGGAAGAAUGGCGGGCCAAUUUGCGAAGCCGAGAUCAGAUCCGUUUGAGGAGAAGAACGGCGUUAAGCUUCCCAGUUACAGAGGGGAUAACGUUAACGGUGAUGCGUUUGAAGAGAAGUCAAGGAUUCCGGAUCCACAGAGAAUGAUUAGAGCUUAUUGUCAAGCUGCAGCUACUCUCAAUCUUCUGAGAGCUUUUGCCACUGGUGGUUAUGCUGCUAUGCAGAGGGUUACUCAGUGGAAUUUGGACUUCACAGAACACAGUGAACAGGGAGAUAGGUACCGAGAGCUUGCUAACCGGGUCGAUGAGGCCCUUGGAUUCAUGGCUGCUGCAGGGCUCACUGUGGAUCAUCCCAUAAUGAAAACCACUGAAUUCUGGACAUCUCAUGAAUGCUUGUUAUUGCCAUAUGAACAAUCACUCACUAGGCUGGAUUCAACUUCUGAUCGCUACUAUGACUGCUCAGCCCAUAUGCUUUGGGUUGGGGAACGAACCAGGCAGCUGGAUGGUGCCCAUGUUGAGUUUCUAAGAGGAGUUGCUAAUCCCUUGGGAAUUAAGGUAAGUGAUAAGAUGGAUCCAAAUGAGCUUGUUAAACUCAUCGAGAUCUUGAAUCCCCAAAACAAACCAGGGAGAAUAACUGUAAUCACUAGGAUGGGAGCUGAAAAUAUGAGAGUGAAGCUUCCACAUCUAAUCAGAGCAGUGCGUAGAGCUGGGCAAAUUGUCACAUGGGUCAGCGAUCCUAUGCAUGGAAACACCAUAAAGGCUCCAUGUGGUCUCAAAACUCGUCCCUUCGAUGCCAUCAGGGCCGAAGUGAGAGCAUUCUUUGAUGUGCACGAGCAAGAAGGGAGCCACCCAGGAGGGGUUCAUCUUGAGAUGACGGGUCAAAAUGUGACCGAGUGCAUUGGUGGGUCAAGGACGGUCACAUUUGAUGACCUGAGCUCACGUUACCACACACAUUGUGACCCAAGGCUCAAUGCUUCACAAUCUCUUGAGCUUGCUUUCAUCAUUGCUGAAAGGCUAAGAAAGAGCAGGAUCAGAUCACAGCAGCCUCUAGGAGUGUAAAAGGCCUUUGAAAAAUCAACAAAACAAGAAGAAAAAACAAUACCUUUGUUCUUUUUCCUUUUCCUACAUAUUUUAUUUAUCGAUGGUUGUUGCAAGUGGAUGUGGACCUAGACCCGUUACUAGCUAGUUAGCUUAUGUUGUGUACUGUGUUUGUAUGUGUAUACUGCCUAGUAAUGCGUUUGAACUUCGAAGGACAAGAGUACUUCUUUUAAUAAAGGAAACGAAAAUGUUUCGAUUGCGUUGACAACUC